AUGGCUGCCGUCGCAGAGAACGCGAUCGGGUCCAACGAUCGCCAAUUUCCACAGUCGCCGCCAUCCUCCGAUCGCAAGUCCGAUUUCCAGAAUGACGUGAGGAAGCUGGUCGAUCUCCUGUCGAAUUUAAACCCCUCGGCCAAGGAAUAUAUCCCCUCUUCCAAGUCCGAUUCCCCCCCUUUGUUGGUCAUUCCCGGAGGUUCGAACUUGAAUAGCGUACUGUCUGCCGAUGCCCCGGUCUUUGAUGCGGUCAGUGGCGGUGGGGUGGAAUACGUGAAUCACAAGGACCCAGGGAACGAUGGAUUCGGAGUUCACUACCGCAGAGUAAAAUUCUGUUUUUCCUCUUGUUAUUUCUUUCAUUCUGCUGAUAAUUAGAGUCGGACGCUUUUCUGUUUCCGUUUAUAUCGCCUCAUUUGGUUGAUAAACCAGCUUGUUGUAUCUACUGUGUUUGAAAAAGCUUUUCCAUCAUGAUAAUAGUCUUUUAGUGUUAACUAUUUAUUCUCAUAUGAAAGCAUAUGGAAGAGCUUUAGAUAAUUUAAUAAAUUAUUGUACAUUGAGAGACAUUUUGUUAUCUAUCUUUUGCAGAAAAAGAAUUAUUAUAACCAAGGAAAGAGGAGGACAGAGGGAUUGUAUAGAGCUCAGAGAGAGGACAGCAUUAGGCGUACCGUCUACGUUUCUGACAUCGACAUACAUGUAUUCAGAGCUUAGCUAAUAUCAUCAGUUCUUAUUUCUGUCGACUACUACACUAUCCGCAAUCUUAACUUUCUUGUGUGUCUGUCAAUGGUAGGUAACUGAGGAGCAGCUUGCUGCAUUGUUUACCAAUUGCGGCCAAGUAAGUUCCUUUAUUUUUUUCCCUUGAUUUAAAUGAAAGAGGAUAUCUUUUUAGAAUAAGCCCAGAGGAAGAAAAAUUGUGCCUUCUGCCAGGCUUUUCUUUCAUUCAAGCUAAACAUUGCGAAUUGACAAGAUUCCUACAACCAGGAACUCCAACGCGUCUUGGGAAGGAUAUGAAGAGUAGGAUAAAUUUCGAUCUUUAGAUUUUGGUUGAAGAUUAAAGUUUAAAAUUUCACCAAAGUUCGGUUAUUAUCUCACUUUCUUACAUUCUAUAACUGUCGUAGUUCAGAGAACCUUCAACGAGAGCUUUUUACGUCCAUCUCUUCCAUUCAAUUUUCCAUCUUUGUUUACUCCUGGAUUUUUUAUGAGGAUCAUGAUCCAUACGCCAUCUCGUGCAUUUUAAUUAAGCCUGACAAUAUGGUAGGCUUUAGCUUUUUGACCUGUUUUCAGUCAGAUAAUACCUUUUUUUGAAGCAAAAUAUUUGCCAUAGUAUUCUCUUUCAGUACAUAAGGGAAUUCAACUUCUAAACGUCUGGCCUACUUCAUGAAUUAGGAAAAGGAGGGGCUAUGCUUGCUUGUGUAGUUGUAUCUUCUCGCUCACAUGAUAAAUUUGGAACAGGGUCACGGAUAUAAACCUCUUGUCUAUGCCCUUAGAAGGAUUAAUGCAUUCAGAUUAGGGGUUUUUAAUGCUUAGUAUCAUAUAUUUUUCUUGUUUUAUGACAUCAGUCUAAUUGUCUCUUGAGAUUAAUAGUUCUCUCGACAAGGUACUGCAUUCUCGUCCUAUAUUUUAAAUCACCUGUAUCCAGAAACGUUAUUUUAUUACUAGUUCCUCAUCACAUAUAGAAAGAUAUAUUUAAGUCAUUGCAUCAGCAUGUGUACUAUUUUUUAUUGCGCUACGAUUUUGUUGUCCUUUGAAUGAGAUUUGUGCCAUCAGGUGCAUCUGUUCCUCAUAUUUUUGUGGAUCUAACUACUCUUUCAUCAUUUCACAUCAAACCAUAUCUAUGGUAUAAUUUUUUUUACUCGAUCAAUAGUUAAUACCAACAAUCAUACCUGGCCUAAACUUAAAAUUGCUAUUUGAGCCUCUACUCGUGAGUCAAAAUUUCCUCUUCACCAUUGUCUCCCUUGGCACAUUGAACGAUUUCACCCGAAACGUACGGACUCAUGUCAAACCACCAAAUAAUUUUAAAUCAGUUGAUACGUAUCUUGUUGACCUUCUGGAUAAAAUGCUGCUUCCAAUACCUUACCCCUAUUACCUCAAAGUACGUAGUAGAAAUCAUAUUAUAUGGGAUGGGUUCAUCCUGAAAGUUGUGGCCCUUGGAAAUCUUGAAUUUCUCCUCAGAAGUAGCCUCCAAUAGUUCACUUUUAUAGGCUUCUUUAGUAGAAGAAUGGUAAUUGGUAACUCAGGACUUGCAAUAAAUUUGGUAAAUAAGUUGGCGACAGGAAAUAGCUUUUCCUAUGAAUUUCUUGGCUUCAACAGACAGGGGAUUUGUUUCGAUAUGACUGGUCACAAUGCUUUUUUGUCUGUCGUGUAUGAAACCCUUUUGGUUCUGAUGCGCUUGAAUGUCUCAAUGAAGGUUGUUGAUUGCCGUGUCUGUGGUGAUCCUCACUCGGUUCUUCGAUUCGCUUUUGUCGAGUUUGCUGAUGAACGUGAGUCCACCUGUAUCUUCUUUCCCUGUGUGCAUUUUGAUUUCUAGUUUGGUGACUUAUCACGACUUCUAACUUUGAAAAUGCUGAUUUUUUCUUCUAACAGACGGUGCAAGAGCGGCACUGAGCCUUUCUGGCACUAUGAUUGGGUAUUACCCCCUUCGUGUUUUACCUUCAAAAACUGCUAUCUUGCCCGUGAACCCCACGUUUCUUCCUCGGGUACACAUUAACCGCUUCUUUUCCCUCUUUUUUUUUUUUUAACUCGAAGUACAAGAUUACUCCAUAUUGUGGUGGAAUUUUGAUGUUUUGGUGUAAAAUGCAGUCCGAGGAUGAAAGAGAAAUGUGCGCGAGGACAAUUUACUGUACAAAUAUCGAUAAGAAGGUAAAACAUCUCGUAAAUAUGGCACGUAGUUAAUGAUAAAAGCAGCUUUUUCUUGCCUUUCAGAAUUUUCAUUAUACGCUCAUUAAGAUCCAAUUUUCCGUUGGUGCAGGUGACCCAAGCAGACGUCAAAGCAUUCUUCGAAGCAUGUUGCGGUGAGGUCAGGACAGUUUGCUUUCCCAGAAGCUAGCUAAAAUUUCAAUUGGUGUUCCUUUAUGAGCUCUAGCAUCAUGUCUUUUGAUAGCAGGUGUCUCGUCUGAGGCUUCUAGGGGAUCAUGCUCAUUUAACACGUAUAGCAUUCGUUGAGUUCGUUCUGGUAAGCAUUUCUGAAUUUUAUUCUUUCCUUUGAUUUUCAUCUGAUUAUUAAUGCACAAAAAACAUGCCAUUUCUUCUUGGAUAUCGGCGAUCCUUUAACAUGAGCCCUAGUUUUAAAUAAUAAAAAUUUUUAAAAAAGCUAUAAUCUUAUACUAGCUUUUUUUUAAUUUUUUUAAUUUGGUUUCCUAACCUUUCAUUUGGCGUAGGCUAGUCACAUCCAAGCAUUUCGUUCUACGGUUAAAAAAAAUAUAUUUGUAGCAAAAAUAAGGUCAAAUUGGUAAUUCUUUAGUUUUGACUUACCCAUUUUGGGAAAAUCUCUCUUGAUUUGGCAGGCAGAAAGCGCCAUCGUUGCGCUGAAUCGCAGCGGGAUGCUUCUGGGGGGUCUUCCCAUCAGGUAUUCUCUAAUCCGUGAUCAGUCUUCAUGUUGGCUUUACCACAGCCGUCGGAUAUGUGAUGCCAGCUAGCCCUGUACCUUGCUCAGGGUGAGCCCUUCGAAGACCCCCGUGAGGCCUCGCCUCCCCCGCGCUGUCGUGCAUUGA